AUGCCUGGGGCCCUGGUCUCCCUCACAGCUGCCCCCAUGCACCUCCAGGCCCACCCUGGCCCAGGAUCCUCUCCCUUCCUAGCAGCCACUGCCUCCCAGGGCCUCUGCACCAGCACCCUGCAACCCGCCGUUCAAAAAUUCAUAGACAAGCAUGAAUGGACAUCAACUCAAAAUGGUACGAACAGUGGGAAUCAGCAAUUUUGCACAGAUGAGUUUGGAGCUUUGGAAAGUAUGAAAGUUGCCAGUGAACUCUAUUCUCCACUAACAGGAGAAGUAACUGAACUUAAUGUAGUUCUUGCAGAACACCCAGGACUUGUCAACAAAUCUUGUUAUGAAGAUGGUUAUCUGAUCAAGAUGACUGAGCAACCCAUCAGAACUUGA